UUCCGCGCCUCCCUGUAGCGCCCGCGUGACUUUUGCAAGUGAUACUGAACGACCCAAGGGAGGGAGCUGGAGGGACCCAAGAAAUCCUCCUUGGAGCUGCGGAGUCUCGGCAGAUACUCGGGGCCAUUGGAGAUUUAAGCAGAGUCACUAUAAUUAUUUUUAAUCUCAAUUCCAAACGAUUUACACUGGACAACAGUACAAUCAUAUGAAAUUAUGGCUGGUUAUAAGCCUGUAGCUAUUCAAACAUACCCUAUACUUGGUGAAAAGAUCACCCAGGAUACGCUGUACUGGAAUAACUAUAAGACUCCUGUUCAGAUUAAGGAGUUUGGUGCAGUGUCAAAAGUAGACUUUUCUUCACAGCCGCCAUAUAAUUAUGCUGUUACAGCUUCUUCAAGGAUUCACAUUUAUGGCAGAUACUCUCAAGAACCUGUAAAAACCUUUUCUCGAUUUAAAGACACAGCAUACUGUGCUACUUUUCGACAGGAUGGUAAAUUGCUUGUGGCUGGCAGUGAAGAUGGUGGAGUUCACCUUUUUGAUAUAAGUGGAAGGGCUCCCCUUAGGCAGUUUGAAGGACACACAAAAGCAGUUCACACAGUAGAUUUUACAGCUGAUAAAUACCAUGUGGUUUCUGGAGCUGAUGAUUAUACAGUUAAAUUGUGGGAUAUUCCAAACUCCAAAGAAAUUCUGACAUUCAAAGAACAUUCUGAUUAUGUGAGAUGUGGGUGUGCUAGCAAAUUGAAUCCAGAUCUCUUUGUAACAGGUUCAUAUGAUCACACUGUGAAGAUGUUUGAUGCACGAGCAAAUGAGAGUGUUAUUUCUGUAGAGCAUGGACAGCCAGUCGAGAGUGUCUUACUUUUUCCUUCUGGAGGUCUUCUGGUAUCAGCAGGUGGUCGUUAUGUUAAAGUCUGGGACAUGCUGAAAGGAGGACAGUUGCUAGUGUCUUUGAAAAAUCACCACAAAACUGUGACGUGUCUAUGUCUGAGCAGCUCUGGACAGAGACUACUUUCUGGCUCACUGGAUAGGAAGGUGAAGGUCUAUAGCACAACUUCCUACAAAGUAGUUCACAGUUUUGACUAUGCAGCUUCAAUUUUAAGUCUUGCACUUGCACAUGAAGAUGAGACCAUAGUUGUUGGAAUGACCAAUGGAAUACUGAGUGUUAAACAUCGGAAAUCUGAGCCAAAGAAGGAUUCUCUUCCUAAGAGAAGAAGGCCUACAUAUCGAACCUUUAUUAAAGGAAAAAAUUACAUGAAGCAACGGGAUGACAUUUUGAUCAACAGACCACCAAAGAAAUACCUAGAAUUAUAUGACAGGGAUCUGAAACAUUUUCGGGUCUCUAAGGCACUUGACAGAGUCCUUGAGCCCAGUUGUACUAUAAAGACACCUGAGAUUACAGUUUCCAUUAUAAAGGAGCUAAAUCGAAGAGGGGUCCUUGCAAAUGCCCUCGCAGGUCGGGAUGAAAAGGAAAUUAGUCGUGUUCUUAAUUUUUUAAUAAGGAAUCUGUCUCAGCCACGAUUUGCCCCUGUUUUGAUCAAUGCUGCUGAAAUAAUUAUUGAUAUAUAUCUGCCUGUGAUUGGUCAAUCACCUGUAGUUGAUAAAAAGUUUUUGUUACUUCAAGGACUUGUAGAAAAAGAGAUAGAUUACCAAAGAGAGCUUCUAGAAACCUUGGGGAUGAUGGAUAUGCUUUUUGCCACUAUGACAAGGAAAGAAAGCACUUCAGUGUUGCAGCAUACAUCUGAUGGAAUUCUAGAAAAUAAGAAGAUAGAAUCAUAGUGUUUACUACAACUAAACCUAAAAACUCCUAAGUUGGAAUAGAUUUGACUCUAUUAACUAUUGGAAGGAAAAUUUUUUGAUACAUUGUAAAAACUUUUUCAGAAGCAAUUUUAUGGAAGAGACCAGAAUAAUUAUGAUUGGAAAAUAAGUACCUAUAUUAGACAUGAUUUUCCAUGUAAUAUUUUGAAUUACUUUAUGGCAUCUUUAGCUGGAAGAUCUCAUUUGCCCUGGGUAUAGUGUCUGUCUACCUUGAUCAUGCUGAUGAUAAUUUUGAUAACAACAAAGUUCUGUAAUACCCUGUGGGUAGACAUUCAGAACUCUGGAAAGGGUUUCUCGACUGGGAAUUCUGCCAAAGAAACAUGGGUUUCUUUUUUACUUCUUUCCUCAAAAACAACAACAACAAAUCAAUUGAUGGCAAAUAAACUCUUCAUUUUGAUCAGUGCCAUUGGGAUUUUCAGGCUCAGCUAAACUUGCCUCCUCUUUCUUUGACAUUUGUAUAUGUCUGAGGCCAUAUGAUUCAGCUGGUGAUAGAACUGUAUCUGUUCCAAGUGUGAACAACUAACUCUGAAUAUUUCACACUAGGUGGACAUGUAUCAAUAUGUGUUGAGGCAAAUUUGAUACCUCAGAAUUGUGCUUUCUAUCACAGGUUUCUUUCAUUUUUUUUUUACCUUAAUUCUCAGAAUGUGGCUUUUAAUUGGACCAUUUCUUUUUUUUUCCCCCUCAAAAUAGCCUUCCUACCAGGUUUUCAACUUGAUUCAGGUUAGGGAAAUGAUAAAGUUUGCCAUUUCUCUUGCAAUAAAUAGCCUUUCAGCCUUUUAUACUAUGUUUGGAGAUUACCUUCUAGCUACCUACCCCCCUGAAAACCAUUUUCUCUGAUCUGUAUUUAAAGUUUUCCCUACUCACAAUCAUCGUGUGAUGAAUCUCAAAUCCCAGAGUAGCUCUUCUUGAAAAACAGGUUUUUUUUUUUAUGUGUUCAAUGUAAAUAAUUUUUUAUAAAGAAAUUACUGUUUUCUUUUUGACUUUCUGAAAUGUAUCAAUUCCUGCUGGAUAGUCACUGAUUAUGACAGCUUCCACUCUCUUUCACACUUGCUACCUCUUCUACCUUUCCCUAAAUCCUGUUUUGUCCCAUGUAGUAUAAUGUAGGGGACUGUGUCUUUAGCUAAAGGAAGAUUUUGUAGUGGGGCUCUCUUAAAACUUCAGUUUUAUGAAUUUAGAUAUUUUUUAAUGCAGAAAAAUGAUACAUAUUCUGGUGCAGGCAUGUGCUCAAAACACAUGACCUAACUUACAUAGUCAUAGUAUGGUAACUAGUAAGAAACCAAGAGCUUGCUUCCUUCAAGAAUUAGGUGAUCAGGGUCAUCUUGAGAAGGGUUAAUUUAUUAUUUAAAUAACUUAAAAAAAGGUUUUUAAAAAAGCUUUUAAAAUUUAACUUCCUGGUAAAUUGGUAACUUGCAUACUAGUGAAUUUUAAGUUGAAAUCUAAAACUCAAGCUGUUACCAAGACUGAGGUGUGAUGGAGUUUCUCCAUACAUUUGUUUCUCUCCACAGCCAUCCAAAGUUUGUUUUAUUUUCAUUUGAUAUUAACUUAGUGAACUCACUCUUGAAGUCCCCAAGCUGGAGUUCCUUACCAUGCCAGCACUCUGACUUUGCCUGCUGGGACCAAACUCCCCAUUCCCUUGAACAGAAUUUUUCCUAGUGCUGCAGUUCUCACAUGAAUUUUGUAAUGGUUACAAAUUCCCAAAAAGGUUAAGAAAUAACUCCCAUAGCCAUUAAUACUUUUGUGUUAGGUUUAGGAAUAGUUUUUAUAUUCAUUAGUGCAAAGUAAUAUUUUGAAUUUUGAAUUUUUGAAUAAAGUCAGUAUAUUGCAGAAUAUGACCUUGGCCAUUAGGAUCUAACUAAUACUUUUAGACUAAUGAUUGUUAGUUAAAAGAUAUUUUAAAAUGUUACCAAGCAUGCAAAAAUGAAAUGUUUCAAAGAAUUUGAAAAGUGUUUAAUUUAUUAUAUUUAUAGGGUUUAAGUACUUGGGAAGAUUUUGCUUGUUGGGGCAAGCAUUUGAAGUACUGUGUAAAAGAAGAUCAAAUGUUUAAAUGUAUAAAUUCUGUUAAGUUGUGUAAAGGAAUUUGGAUUGUAAAUGAGACUGUAAAGAAAUUUAGUUUGUUCAAUUUAAGUGAACUUUAUCAAACAUCACUUAAAGGUGUCCUUUAAAAGUGAUUAUUAAAUUGUACAGAUUUCCAAAUGGUAUGUUUGUAAGUUAGACAUAGAAGCCUAAAGGAAAGCUUUAAAAUGCUGUGA